AUCUCAAUGGCUUGAUUGAUAUUGCCAACGGGGAAAUGAUGUAGUAUAUUUGAUAUGAAGAUCAGGAAUCUCCUGAAACCGUGGUUCAGUGACGGCAUGGCCCGGAAAGUUGUAUAUGUUUGGCUACUGCGGAGUAUAUCUGGCCCAGCUAUAGAAGACCCAGUCUGGCUGAAAAGUGGCAGCACGGUUGUCCAAUCAUUUGGAAAUUUUGCAAGGUUCGGAGAAAUUCUGUCAAAACAUGGUUGGGUUCUGGAUAUGUGAAUGUUACUG